GACCUCUGGAUAAAAACAAGCCGAUCAGCUGAUGUAAAAGCAACAACAUCUACAAGGGUCUGACACAAUAUUUCCCAGCCAGCUAACUUUCUCCGGCCGCUAUAUGUGGCAGUCGGCGGCGCGGCGGUAGACAGUGUCCGGUUUCAGAGCGUGUCGAGGCAGCGCUUUAGUUGACGGCUCUCCGUCGGACUGGUAGCAGCUGCUAGGUCAGUCGAUUUAAAUGAAGGUUGUUUGUGUCUCUUUGUGUGGCUAGUAUUAGCUCAUGGCUGUUUAUUAUUGAGCUUCACGGCGUAUUUUUGAGGCAAUAUGACUAGCAUACCACAGGCUACAUCCAAAUAGCAUUGCCAGGCUGCUAGAACAAAGCAGGAGAUGCAGGGCAGCUAACGUUAGCUAGCAAACUGUAAACACAAACUAACUACUAGCUAGUCUGGGUAACUGUGUUUGUUGUUGCUGCUUUUACUGUAGACUGACUGAAUAUCCUCAUUAAUGGUAAACAAAAAGCUUAUUAGUUGUUGUCAACUAUUUAAUUUAUUGCUAACUAUUUUAGCAAUCGAUGAAUCUGUAAGUCUUGAAGUACUGUCUUUGUUUUGAACAGCAUACCUGUUAUAACUCAUCUGUAAUCCGUUCGUGUCAUAUACACUUUGUAUUGCGUAAUUAAUGUCUUAUUAUACUUGAUGUAUUAUCUGGGUGCUUUCAAAGGCACCAACACAUACACUCAGCAAGAAGGCAAAUAUUUCCCUAAAUGUUUGAAGUAAUUCAGUAAAAAGUUUUCUUUGAAAAGUCUUGAUAAAGUAUAUUUCAUUUCUCCCCACUGAUCAGUGCGUCACAUUUUAGACCAGAUUAUGUUUUGGAGUCGGCAAUAAUAGAGCUGCAACGAUUAAUCGAUUAGUUGUCUGAUUUUAAAUUAAUCAGCAACUGUUUUGACAACUGUUUUGAAUGAUUUUUCAGGAUAGAAAAAGUCUUAUUCCUUUGAUUCCAGCUGCUUAAAUGUGAGUAUUUUCUGGUUUCUGCGAUUUAAGGUUUGAGAACUGACAUUUUCACUGUUUUCUGAGAUUUUGUGGCGCAAACAACUAAUCGAUUAAUCGAGAAAAUAAUCAAUACAUGAAACUGUAGUGAAAUUAAUGGUUAAUUGCAGCUCAAAUAAGCAGUGACAAAGUGCUCAGCUCAGUGUUAUUUACUUUCUUAGCAUUGCUCAUGAGUGAAUUGGCUUUUCUGAACAAAAAUCUUACAUGACAUCUGGUAGAAGAGGUUUACCCAACUGUGCCAUAACAUUGUGUCCUCCUUUGCACUGCUGUUGCAAUCCCAGUACCGCACAGUUAAAGUCACAGUUCCCACUUGUUAUCAACACCCUGACCUGUCAGGUUUGACAUGAGUAGUCAAGGUCCAGCAGUAGAUAAAGGAAUGAACACAAUCCUAGUCUGCCAGGAGAGCUAUGCCUGCGGGGGUUCAGACGAGGCUGCGUUUGAAUGCGAUGAAUGCGGCAGCCUGCAGUGCGCUCGCUGCGAACUGGAGCUGCAUCGCCAGGAUCGGAUGAGGAAUCACGAUCGGGUUCGGAUCGCGCCGGGCCACGUUCCUUUCUGCGACUCCUGUAAAGGCGACAGCAGCUGCUCUGGGAGGCUCAGAGCGGUGGUGCGCUGCCAGGGCUGUAAGAUCAACCUGUGUUUGGAUUGCCAGAAACGCACCCACGGUGGAGUCAACAAGAGGAAGCACCCUCUGACACCUUAUCCUCCUGUCAAAGCUGCUCACGAGAACAGCGUGACUUCUGGGGAGUCGGAGAUGGAGAUCCUCAAGGCCAAGCUGGAGAAGGUCUGCAGCUUUCUGUUGGUGGACGAGAAGGAGGAGAUGCAGGUGAAGGAUGAGGAGGACUUCGUCGACAGGCUGGGCUGCAGACCAGAUGAGCUCCUCAAGGUGGUUUCUAUCUUUGGAAACACUGGCGAGGGCAAAUCCCACACCCUGAACCACACCUUCUUCCUUGGGAGAGAAGUUUUCAAGACCUCCCCCACCCAAGAGUCCUGCACUGUGGGCAUUUGGGCAGCUAUGGACCCUCUGCACUGGGUCGUAGUUAUCGACACAGAGGGACUCCUCGGGGCUGGAGCCAAUCAGGGUCAGAGAACUCGACUCCUCCUCAAGGUUCUGGCCAUUUCCGAUGUGGUUAUCUACCGAACACACGCUGACCGGCUUCACGACGAUCUCUUCAAGUUCCUCGGUGACGCGUCGGACGCCUACUUGAAACAUUUCACCCGGGAGCUGAAGGCGACGACGACCCGCUGUGGUCUGGAUGUCCCGCUGUCCACCCUGGGCCCAGCGGUCAUCAUCUUCCACGAGACCGUCCACACCAAGCUGCUCGGAUCAGACAAACCUUCUGAAUCGGCCGAGCGUCUCCUCCAGGAGCGUUUCAGGAAGCUGGGCCUGUUCCCAGAAGCCUUCAGCUCCAUCCAGUACCGCGGGACUCGAACCUACAACCCUCCGACAGACUUCAGCGGUUUGCUUCGCACCCUGGAGCAGCAGCUGGAUAACAACACCACCCGCUCCCCGCGCUCUGCCAGCGUCAUCUACAAAGCUCUGCAGGCCCUGAGUGAACGCUUCAGUGGGGAGAUCUCAGACGAGCACAUGACCAGUAACUCCUUCUUUCCAGAUGAGUACUUCACCUGCUCCAGCAUCUGCCUCAGCUGUGGGUCAGGCUGUAAAAGAAGCAUGAAUCACCUAAAGGAAGGACUUGAGCAUGAAGCCAAACAUCGCUGCCGCUACUCCGCACAAUAUGACAACCGUAUCUACACUUGCAAGGCCUGCUAUGAGGGGGGAAAGGAGGUCAUCGUGGUUCCCAAAACGACGGCCUCGUCUGACUCACCGUGGUUUGGUUUGGCCAUCUACGCCUGGUCUGGGUAUGUCAUUGAGUGUCCCAACUGUGCAGUGAUCUACAGAAGCAGGCAGUACUGGUACGGGAACCAGGACCCAGUGGAAACGGUGGUCAGGACAGAGAUCCAGCACAUCUGGCCCGGGUCGGAUGGUUUUUUGAAAGACAACAACAACGCUGCUCAGAGGUUGCUGGAUGGAGUCAAAUACAUUUCCCAGUCCGUGUCCGAACUCAGCGUCAAACCUGCCAAAGCCGUCACCUCCUGGCUCACCGACCAGAUCGCGCCCGCCUACUGGAAACCCAACUCCCUCAUCCUGAAAUGCCAUAAAUGUGGGGAGGAGUUCCAGGCCAACGACACUAAGCAUCACUGCCGAGCCUGCGGAGAAGGUUUCUGCGACGCCUGCUCCUCUAAAACCCGACCGGUCCCGGAGAGGGGCUGGGGCCUCGCGCCCGUCAGAGUCUGCGACGCCUGUUUCCACAACAGGGGAAUCCCGACUGAGCUGCUGGAUGCUGCCCUGGAGGAGGAGGGAGGGACGCUGAUCGCCAGGAAGGUCGGGGAGGCCGUCCAGAACACUUUGGGAGCUGUGGUUGGUGCUAUCGACAUACCUCUCGGCCUGGUGAAGGACGCCGCCCGCCCGGCCUACUGGGUCCCCGACCAGGACAUCCACUCCUGCUGCGAGUGCCAAAGGGAGUUCACCGCCCGUCUCUCCAUCCACCACUGUCGCGCCUGCGGUCAGGGCGUCUGCGACGACUGCUCCCAGGAGCGGCGCCCGGUUCCGUCCCGCGGCUGGGACCACCCGGUCAGGGUCUGUAACGGCUGCAGCCAGAAACCCGGCGAGCUCUAGCAGGACCAGGAGCAGGACCAGGAGCCGGAACACUGCGGAAACUGGAAGUGACAGCAUUUCAAAUCUGGCUGAAGAAGGCUUCAUUGGGGUUUUCUGGCUGGUUGGACUCAUGUUUUGUCGGUCUCACGUCACUUCGGUCCCUUCUUGAUAUCUUAAUUCACUUUAAUAUGCCUAUAAUUUACACUGUGAAGAGUCAGAGUGAGACGGAAAUAUCAAGACGACAAAACGACUCAGCGAGACGAUAGGAGUAUUUUUUUUAUGCUUGAUCAUGACUGAUUUCAGGUAAAUAUCCAUGUGGCCCUUUAGAUCCUUUCAGAGUUAUAUUAAUGCACAUGAAUCCCUUUGACAAUCCCUCCCAGUGUGACCUACUAAUACUAUUAGCACCUUUUCUCUGGCACAACAUACAAGUGCUGACUGAUUUUAUACUGAUAUCAGAUUGUUAUCUGCAUGAGUCUUGGGUGUAACGUUCAGGUCUGGCUUUAGAAAGAUGGAAAACCCUGGAAAACGAUCCGCCACAGUUCAUUCUGACCCAUAUUUGAUCGCCUUUACAGUAGUUUUCCUGCUAGCUUUAGCUUUCUUUGGCUUUACGAGGUUUAUAAUAGAACAAUCAGAAGCCACUGGUGUACUGUAGCAUCAAGAUGCAUUCCAACUUAUAUAAUAAUUACUACUUAAAUAAUCCUCCGUCCUUCGUGGUUGUUUGUGAACUUGAACGGGCCGACGAUAAAAGAGCAGCCUUAAUAAUGCUGUUGAGUUUUACAUAGAGUAUACAGGAACAUAUAUGGGAAAAACAAAGUUUACUUUAAUAGGGAAAUUUUUAAAUUUUGUUGUUAAAUGUCAAAGCUACUAUCUGUAAAGAGGACGAGUGCGACUGCGGCGGGGUUACACGUAACUGCUUUUAUAGCGUGGCUGGCUCACAGUAGCGUACCGGUACCGCAGACAAAGACUUCUUCUUUGAGGCUGGCCCCUCAAACAGGACAACUCAGGCUGCGCGGCUAGUUAGCUCGGAGCUGUUAAAGAGCUGCGGCGCCACGUCAGCCAUGUUUGCUUGUGUUGUACAGAGUAGAUAAGUAUGACACACGAUGCUGACGGGCUUUUGUGGCAUCGUGACUUUUGACUGCAAGUGUUUUUUGUUUGUUUUUUUUCCACUGACUGACUGGAAGAGUUGGUUUGAUGUCAACACAGAGCAGACUUUGGCCCUGAAUCAGAAGGAGGUGAUCAUGGAAUAUAGAUAUCACAUGGAACCAAUCAAUACCUUGUGUUCAUGUAUGCUCAUACUAUUAAAGUGCAAAAACUCAA